AUGAACAUGUUACAGAGUUUUAGCGGCGGCGCUGCCAGCACCACAGGCGAUGCCACCAGCGCCGAGACCGAGCUCAAGGAGCGGCUGAUAGCCAGCGUCAAGAAGGAGGUGAAGCAACUGAUGGAGGAGGCGGUGACCAAGAAGUACGUCCACGAGGAGAGCAGCUCGGUGACGUCGCUCUGCGGCGCGGUGGAGGCCUGCCUCAGCCAUGGGCUGCGCCGUCGGGCCCUCGGGCUGUUCAAGACCUCCUCGACAACGGCCCUCAUCCAGAAGAUAGCCAAAAUCUGUCCGGAGGCGGACUACGUGAGCCGGCGCCUGCUCGAGCUGGAGCUGGCCCACGAGAGCAGCGCGGUGAGCGGCAAGCGUUCGUCCUCCAGCAGCGACAGCAUCAUCAAGCCCAAGCUGAUCAGCAAGCAAACGGGCAGCAGUUGCAGCAGCAGCUCCGUGACCACCAUCAAUACGGUCUCCAAUGGGGCAGGCGGCGGCGGCGGCGGCGGCGGUGUCCUGGGAGGCGCCGGGACACCGUUGGGCAAGUACCUGUGGAUACGGCUGGCGCUGUACGAGAAGCGGCUGGCCAAGAUCAUCGAGCAUCUGGUGGGCAAUGCCAGCAACUACUAUGAUCGCGAGGCGCUGGUCGCCGACGCCGAUUAUGGAUCCAUUCUCAGCUCCCUGCUGGUGGGGCCCUGCGCCCUGGAGUUUACGCGGGCCAAGACAGCCGACCAUUAUUGGUCCGAUCCGCAUGCCGAUGAGCUGGUGCAGCGGCAUCGGAUAAGCUCGGGCAACCGCACACCACCCACCUGCCAUCGGCCGAUCAUUAACUUUAAGAGGAGCCUGCACACCAGCUCGGAGGACACGAGCAGCGGCAGCUUCAAGGCCUGCUCGCCGGCGAGCGUGGCCAAGGACUAUGUGGAGUCGCUGCACCAGAAUUCGCGGACCACCCUCCUCUAUGGCAAGAACAAUGUACUCGUCCUGCCCAAGGACGUGUCCGAGCCGAUGCCCGGCUAUCUGAGCCUCCAUCAGAGCAUCCAGUCGCUGACCAUCAAGUGGACACCGAAUCAGCUGAUGAACGGCUACAACGACGGGGACAACAGCGACAAGAGCUUCUACUGGAGCUAUGCCCUCAAUAUCAACGUGGACGAGAUCGUCUACGUGCACUGUCACCAGAAUCGUGGCGGGGAUACCGGCGGCACCAUCAUCCUGGUCGGCCAGGACGGGGUGCAGCGUCCGCCCAUCCAUUUUCCCGAGGGCGGACACCUGCAGGCGUUCCUCAGCUGCCUGGAGACGGGCCUGCUGCCGCACGGACAGCUGGAUCCGCCGCUCUGGUCGCAGCGCGGCAUUGGCAAGCUGUUCCCCUGGCCGAAGAGCGUGCGCCGGCAUAUACUGCCCUCCGUUAUGGAGGCCUCCUCCAGCGACGAGACGCCCAUCGACUAUGUCUUUCGCGUGGUCAGCAAGAGCCAGCACGAGGAGUUCUUGGCCACGCACCCCAUCCUGGAGCUGGGGCGCUCGAGUCCGCGCCGCAAGCACUUGGGCAGCUGCUCCACCACCGGCAGCAGCGACUGCUCCAGCAAGAGUCUCUCCAUCGAUCAGAGCAGCAGCGAUCCGCCCUUGAUCCAGGCCAGUCAGACGGCCAGCAUUGAGCUCGUGUGCUCCACCAUGCGCCGGCAGAUCAUCUCGCGCGCCUUCUACGGCUGGCUGGCCUAUUGCCGUCAUCUAUCCACGGUGCGGACCCAUCUAUCCGGACUGGUCUAUGGCCGCAUUAUGCCCGAUUUGGCUGCCGACGAGGAGGGCCUCACCAGACAGAAGUGGCUGGAGAUGCACGUGGAUGGCGUUGUCUCUGGCGAACUGGAGCUCUAUCGCUUGGUCUACUUUGGCGGCGUACAGCCGGAUCUGCGCAAGGAGGUGUGGCCCUAUCUGCUGGGCCACUACGCCUUUGGGUCCACCUGCGAGGAGCGUAAGAAACAGGACGAGACCUGCAAGCACUACUACGAGACGACGAUGAGCGAGUGGCUGGCUGUGGAGGCGAUUGUCCGGCAGCGGGAGAAGGAGAAGACAGCGCUGGCCGUGGCGAAACUUAGUGCGGAACAGGCGCGACUGGCGGCCAAUGCCAAUGAGGCUGGCGCUGGAGCUGAUGCUGCAGCUGCUGGUCCGAAUGCUGCACGGCCAAUGACCAAUGGCACACGGGAGCUGGAGCUGGAGCUGGAGCGUGGUCUUGGCCACGAUGAGGCGGAGCUGGGCGCAGAUGAGGGUGAGAACAACGUGUUUGAUGAUAACGAUUUCUCCGAUAUAUCCGAUCCUGGAGAUCUGUCCGAUGAUCCCGAACUGGCAGCAGAGGCUGAGGAGCAGCCUGAAGAGGAAGGAAACGAGAAAUCGGAUGAGGAGCUGGACCAGGAGCAGGAGCAUGAGCUGGAGCAGGAGGAUGGCCGACUCAUGCCGCAGCUGAGCGAGCAGUUGAUGCUGGAGUUCCAGAAUCUCGACUGCAUGGAGCCGCUGCACCUGCAGGAGAACUGCUUCGCUGACUCUGAGGCGGAGGGGGAUAUGGGUCUCGGGCUGGACGCCGGCGGGAACAUCCUGCUGCUGAGCAUCAAGAGCUCGCCCUCCACCAGCAGCUAUGAGACGGUCGGCAAUGAGUUCGUAGACAUGGUGGAUGUCAAGGAGGAGGAGCCAGAAGAGGAAAUGGAGCCAGAGCCAGAGACAGAGACAGAGCCAGAGGUAGAGCCAGAGUCCUGCGGUCUGUUGAGUAAGUUCCACAGCGCCGAUGAUGUGCGUCGGGACGGGCAGGGCGAGGAAGCAGAGCAUGAGCAUGAGGAGGAGCACCCAUCCACGUCCGUGAUCAUCACAGAGGCCGCCUCCCUGGAUGCCCUGGAUGUGCAGUGCAACGACGACGAGACCACCGAAGAUUUCACCUCACGCAAGACCAGCCUCAUGUCACCCAUGAACGAUGACAUCACGGUGGUGGCCUCCCUGGAUGCCCUGCAGGAGCCAAAGUCCGCUUGCGUCUCCCCGGCCAGCUCCAAUGGCGGCGUCUACAGCGUCGAGCUGCUCGAACAGUUCGGCCUCAAUCUGCAUCGGAUCGAGAAGGAUGUGCAGAGAUGCGAUCGCAACUACUGGUACUUUGCCAACGAGAAUCUGGACAAGCUGCGCAACGUGAUAUCCACGUAUGUGUGGGAGCAUCUGGACGUGGGCUACAUGCAGGGCAUGUGCGAUCUGGUGGCCCCACUGCUGGUCAUCUUCGACGACGAGUCCCUGAGCUACAGCUGCUUCUGCAAGCUCAUGGAGCGCAUGAUCGAGAACUUUCCCAGCGGCGGUGCCAUGGACAUGCACUUUGCCAACAUGCGAUCUCUCAUACAAAUCCUCGACUCGGAGAUGUAUGAUCUGAUGGACUCGAACGGGGACUACACGCACUUCUACUUCUGCUACCGCUGGUUCCUCUUGGACUUCAAGAGGGAGCUCGUCUACGACGAUGUCUUUGCCACUUGGGAGGUGAUCUGGGCGGCCAAGCACGUGGCAUCUGGAAACUUCGUCCUCUUCCUGGCCCUGGCCCUGCUGGAGACCUAUCGCGACAUCAUCCUCUCCAACAGCAUGGACUUUACCGAUGUCAUCAAGUUCUUCAAUGAAAUGGCCGAACGCCACAAUGCCCAAUCGAUUCUGCAGCUGUCCCGCAGUCUGGUCCUUCAGCUGCAGACCAUCAUCGAGAACAAGUGAAGAAGGGAGCCGUAAUCGUAACCGUAACCGCAAGCGCAACACGCGUUACCAUAACCAUAACCAUAGCCACAACCAUAACCGUAGAUGUGUCCCCGUAUCCGUAUCCGUAUUCGUACCCGUACUUGCCGAUCAGUAUUGAGCAUGCGAUGUACUAGUAGAGAGCACCAUAGAUCAUAGAAUGUUGGAUAGAAACUGCGCCUAGACAUACCCGCACACGGCAUACACAUAGUGCAUAUGAUAUGUAGUAGAUGGCAAUUAGCUGAAGCUCUCGAAUGAGGUUUUGGGCUUUUUUUUUGUUUGUUAUAUUUUUAUAGAAACGGCUGGGAGUCGCCUAAGAUGCGAUGCAGAAGUUAAUUGAAAUUUAGCUUAAUUAAGGAAAUUGUAGUGACCUGAGAUGUGACGUCGAGUAAAGUAGAACAAAGAUGAGAGGAAAAUGAACAACGUAAAUGAAGAAGAAAUAAAUACUAUUUACUAUAUACAAUAUAUGAUAUACAGAUAAGAUGCUAUAUAUGUACAUGUAUACAGCCAUUCCACAUAUAUAGAAGCAGUUACAUAUUUAUACUUUUUGUAUGGGGAUGGAACCAUCCACAUAUACAUAUAUACACUAUAUAACAAAUACCAAAUACCAAAUACCAUAUACAUACAUUUGCGAUGCUGUGCGAAGGUUUUCGGCUUGGGCUUUCGUGGCCCGAGGCUGUGGGCCAAUUGUUGUUAAUGUUAUUUUUUACCAAUUUAGCAAAUGAUCAGAUAUAUAUACACUCACACACACACACACACACACGCAUGUAUAUGUGCAUAUAUUAGAGGUCUGCAGAGGGAUAUUGGGAUUCAUUCCGUCUCAUUCGCAUUCGUGCAUUCGCCACUUCGUUCAAAUCCUUUUUUUUUCGGAGUCACUCAAUGAGUUUGAAUGCAUUCAUAUUCAUGCAGGCCCCCUACAUACAUUUAAUGAUAUUCGAUUGCAAUUGUUCGUUUCUUAGGUUGGAUUUUGUUUGGCCUUGUUAUCCAAAAGGGUUUAAGGAAAAAAACCAACAUUUUCAGUUUCAGUUUUAGAAGCUUCGGGUAGAUCCUGCGGCUAUAUCCCAUAAACAGAUCGAACAAUUGUAGACCCCACACACACACACACACACACACACAAAUGUUAUAAAAAUGUUGUUAAAGAAAAAAGAAAGAAAAAAAACUAAAAACGUUGAGUUUGAGUUGAUUGCGUUAUUGUAUUAGAAGAAUUAAUAUACAACAAAAAUAUGAUACAUACAAUACGAAUAUAUAUACAUAUAUU